AUGGAACCCGAAACCGUCCUCAUCCUCGGCGCAACAGGCAACAUCGGCGUCUCGGCCGUCAAGGCCGCCCUAUCCUCAAACCGCCACGUCCUCGCCAUCGUGCGAAACAAGGACUCCGCUGAUAAACUCAUUCACCAUAUUGGCUCUGGCUCUUCUGAGGGGAUUACGUUCGUCGAGGCAGAUGUCCUUGCGGAUGAUGAGCGCGGUAUUAAGGGCGUUGUGGAGAGAGUAAGCGCUGGCGAGGUGCCGGGGUUUCAGCAUGUUUAUUCUUGUGUUGGCGGCGAGUAUACCACCGACUCCCUCCUCGAUAUCAGCACCGAGCGCCUGCGGUAUAAUAUGAAUGCCAUGUUCGAGGCUGCGUUCUUUGCAUACCGCGCAACAAUCCCCUACCUCCUCGCCCAGCCAAGCCCAACAACCUGGACGCUGUGCACAGGCUCGCAAGGCGACAUCGCAACGCACCCAUUGCCCGCAAUGACGCAGGGCGCGUUGUUCUCCUUUGCGCUUGCUGCGGCGCGCGAGACUGAGGGCACGAAUGUCCGCUUUAAUGAGGUUUACCUGGGGAUGAGGGUUGAGGUUGAUGAGGAGGCUGUUAAGCAUGGGGUUGUUCGGGCGAGUGAGUUUGCGGGGGUUUAUGAGAGGGUUUUAGAGGGGGAUGUGAAGAGCUCGAGGGUUUUGGUUGAAAGUUUAGAAGAUUUGGAGAACUUGAGGGCUGUGAAGAGGUUCUAG